AUGGCUUCCAAAUGCCUCAAGGCCAGCUUCUCCUCGGGAUCUCUGAAGAGCCCGGGUAAAGCUGGAGGGGGAUCCACUCACAUGUCCAGCAUGUACUCCAGUAGCUCUUGUAAGCUGCCUAGUCCUUCCCGGGGAGCUCGGAGUUUCUCUGUGUGUUCUGCCGGCCUGGGUAGAGGCAAUUACAGGGUCUCCAGCUGCCUUCCAGCUCUCUGCCUCCCAAUGGGAGGCUUUGCCACCAGCUACAGCACGGGUGGAGGUUGGUAUGGGGAAGGCAUCCUCACGGGCAAUGAGAAGGAGACUAUGCAGUCCCUGAACGACCGCCUGGCCAGCUAUCUGGAGAAGGUGCGCCAGCUGGAGCAGGAGAAUGCCAGCCUGGAGAGCCGAAUUCGGGAGUGGUGUGAGCAGCAGGUGCCCUAUAUGUGUCCUGAUUAUCAGUCUUACUUCCGGACCAUGGAGGAGCUCCAGAAGAAAACUCUUUGCAGCAAGGCAGAGAAUGCCAGGCUGGUGGUGCAGAUCGACAAUGCCAAGCUGGCUGCUGAUGACUUCAGGACCAAGUAUGAGACUGAGGUUUCCCUGCGGCAGCUGGUGGAGGCUGACAUCAAUGGUCUGCGCAGGAUCCUGGAUGAUCUGACUCUGUGCAAGGCUGACCUGGAAGCUCAGGUGGAGUCUCUGAAGGAAGAAUUGCUCUGCCUCAAGAAGAACCAUGAGGAGGAAGUGAACUCACUGCGCUGCCAGCUCGGCGACCGGCUCAAUGUUGAGGUGGACGCUGCCCCACCCGUUGAUUUGAACCGCGUUCUGGAUGAGAUGAGGUGCCAGUAUGAGACCUUGGUGGAGAAUAACCGGAGGGACGCAGAAGACUGGUAUGACACCCAGACCGAGGAACUGAACCAGCAGGUCGUGUCCAGCUCAGAGCAGCUGCAGUCCUGCCAGUCGGACAUCAUUGAGUUGAGACGCACUGUCAACUCCCUGGAGAUUGAGCUGCAGGCUCAGCAGAGCAUGAGAGAUGCUUUGGACUCCACCCUGGCAGAGACGGAAGCCCGCUACAGCUCUCAGCUGGCCCAGAUGCAGUGCAUGAUCGGCAACGUGGAGUCCCAGCUUGGUGAGAUCCGGGCUGACCUGGAGCGUCAGAACCAGGAGUACCAGGUGCUGCUGGAUGUGAGGGCCAGGCUGGAGUGUGAGAUCAACACGUACAGGGGCCUGCUGGAGAGCGAGGACAGCAAGCUUCCCUGCAACCCAUGUGCCCCUGACUACUCAUCCUCCAAGUCAUGUCUCCCCUGCCUUCCUGCGGUCUCCUGCAGCACAGGCACAGCUCGUACAACCUGCAGCCCCCGUCCGGUCUGUGUGCCGUGCCCAGGGGGUCGGUUCUGAGAGUAACAAUCCAGAGGGUCAAGGCCAUUGCCUCCAGGCAUCUGACGUGGCCUCCAGUCAAUCCAACUGUUCCGGUACAACUCUCUUUGUUCAUGCUGGGCCCAGGCCCAGUCCCUGAGAAGAUUCUCUGCAAAUGAAUGAAUACCUUACAGUUUCGUUGACCCUGUCAACCAGGGCUGGUUGCCCUUCAGGCCUUGACUCCUCAUCAUUUCAAUGGGCUCCAGGCUCUCUGUUCUGAGCCUGCUCCUUUCUUUCUGAGUGUGUUUCUGUAGGGUUUGCAGUGUAUCUGAGGGUGGGGCAAUAAAGCCAUUUGCUAUGAUUCCCAA